GUAAUGUGACGUUUCUGUCAGAUGUCGAAAAUCUCAAACGUCAUAAAAUAAUAAGUCUUCGAAUUUUUUUAUUGUGUCUAAUAAUUUUUAAUACAAAAUGGGUUUUCUCACAGUUUUAAAGAAAAUGAAGCAAAAAGAAAAAGAAAUGCGAAUUUUGAUGCUAGGCUUAGAUAACGCUGGGAAAACGACAAUUUUGAAAAGGUUUAACGGGGAACCAAUUGAUACGAUUUCACCUACUUUGGGGUUCAAUAUCAAAACCUUGGAACACAGAGGUUUUACUUUAAAUUUGUGGGAUGUCGGGGGUCAGAAAUCACUACGCUCCUACUGGAGAAAUUACUUUGAAUGCACAGAUGGUCUUAUUUGGGUGGUGGACAGUGCUGAUAAAAGACGUCUUGAGGACUGUAAAGCUGAGUUACACACUUUACUUCAAGAAGAGAGAUUAGCUGGCGCGACUCUUCUAGUUUUUGCAAACAAACAAGACCUUCCAGGGGCUUGCACCCCUGAAGAGUUGCGUGAAAUUCUCGGACUGGAUCAAAUCAAAACCCACCAUUGGCAAAUAGCGAGAUGUAGCGCUGUUACGGGCGAAAAUCUUUUGAAAGGAAUGGAUUGGUUAAUUGACGAUAUUGCAGCAAGAAUUUUCACUUUGGAUUAAUUUAUUCUGUAUCAAAAUAUUUAUCUUUUGUACAAUAUAUUUAAUAAAAAAGACAUAAAAUAUUAA